AACUUUUCUGAACCACUGGUGUUUGUUUACUUUUCAGAUCCCCCUUUCCCAGAGGUAGAAUUUGUUGCAGUUAAAGGUUCUGCACCUUUGCUCAGACUCCGGAAAGCAGAAGAUCAAAAUGGACCAAUCAGUCUUUAUCAAGUGAUUGUGCUUCCUCUGGAUUUGCAAAGCACUUUUAUUUGUGACUCCUUUGCUGCUACAACUUUCUUUAGUAACACCACUGACAUUAAAGGAUAUGUGGCAGCUGAAUUUCGGGCGAAGGAUGUUGCUGAUAAUAUGUCAAUUGUUCUUGGAGACAGACAUUAUUAUGGGAAGUUUUAUAAUGCUCCUUUAAAGCUGGGAGAAGAGUAUUGUGUUUUUUUGAAAAUAAUAAGUGAGUGGAAUAAGGUGAGAACACAGUCCUGUGCUGUUUGGGCACAAAUUAAAAAUUUAUCACCCACUCUGCAAUACAUGACUGCUGUUGGAUUAGGGUCAGUGGCUGCUGUCUGCCUUAUAUUGUUCCUGUCAUUCUCCGUGGCACGUUCUUGUCUUCACAGCUCAGCACAUCCCCCACCUGCUGCUGUAGCCUGUGAAGCUGUACAUUUAUCUACUACAGUAGACGUGGCACAAGCAGGGAUUGCAUCAUCAUUCCUAGAGACUGAAAGUGUCUCUCUUCUCUGAUGGAUUAUUUCCGGAAGUCAGCAAAGAAAAAACAUGCUCUUCUUUCAAAGCUAGCAUGUGUCGGGUAUCUGCAUGUCACAUAUGUACUACAGCAUGGGCAGUUUAAGUGUGUUUGUCACUGGAAGUGAGAUGUUUAUUGUCCUGCCUUUUUCCAGAUAGUAUGGUGUGUAAAGGAGAACCCUCCCUGACAAGCAGGUUAUCAUGCAUCCCAUGUGUUGGUCAGAGGCUUUCAGCUGUUCCAGCUGCAUGAGCGGCUGAUAAUGAGUGAUUGUAUUGAACUUGAUUACAUUAAUAAUCCCCUGAUCCAAUUAAAACUAUUUUGAGGAUUAAAUGCUACUUUAGAUAUCUUUGCACAUAUAAACUGGCCUAUUGUGAACAAAAACAAAGACCUAUCUUUAUGCAAGAUAAACUGCCUAUUGUAUUUCCGAUUAUAAAGGUGAACACUUCUGUCAGUCACUUACUGACAGUAAUAAUACAUCAGUAACAUGUACACUUGCUAGCCAUGAAGUUGCCACAUUCAAGUAGUGUCAGCAGCUGAUGUGUUCCAGAGAUAUUGCAAUCAUUGCUCAUAGCAAUUAGCAGUAAUUGCAAAUAAUAUACCAAUCUAUAAAACUGCAGUUUGCUCAAAAGCUGCUUGCUUUAAUGGCACGUGAAACUAAUUUAAGGAAGGACCUUCCUGUGCUAAGCGCAAUUUUGUUAAUCUCUGUUCUAUAAUUACAGCUGAGUAAAGCCAUUAAAUCAUUGUCUGGUUAAUUGGUUGGUGUGUAACAUCUGGUUAGAGUCACUUAAUAAAGUAUAAUUAACCAAUUUCCUAUGACACACUCCCAGUUAAUACAUUUUUUUCUUCUGUAAGAAAGAAUCAAGUGGCUUGGAAUAUUUCCACUCCUCUUCAGAAGUUGCUUUGUUAUAUGUUAGCAAUCUGUUAACUGGUGAAAUAAAAAAAAG